GCACCUCCAUCUGUUUACAAGUACUUAUUUCUUCGCCCUCCCUCCUCGGCCCUUUUUUCCCCAACACCACUCUCCAGCCUGCCCUUUACCACUACUUCUUCUCCCUCCUCACCCCAGGGUGCAGCCAGCAAUCAUGGCCGCCCCAGCUCCUUCAAUGGGAGUCGAGAAGCCCGCUGCGUCCUCGUCCGCCAUUGAUGAGAACGAGUGGGAUGACGAGCAUGGCGAGCACCACCCGCACCGCAACUCGGUGCACCACAAGUUGCGAGCUACCAGCUCAAUUAUGCAGCUCAAGAAGCUUCUCGUCGCCAACCGGGGAGAAAUUCCCAUCCGCAUCUUCCGCACAGCCCACGAGCUGUCUCUUCACACAGUCGCUGUCUACAGUCAUGAGGACCGCCUCUCCAUGCACAGGCAGAAGGCAGACGAGGCCUACGAGAUUGGCAAACGCGGACAGUACACUCCCGUGGGCGCCUACCUGGCCGGCGACGAGAUCAUCAAGAUUGCCCUCGAGCACGAUGUGAACAUGAUCCAUCCGGGCUACGGCUUCUUGUCGGAGAACGCAGAAUUCGCACGUAAUGUUGAGAAGGCCGGUCUUAUCUUCGUUGGGCCGUCGCCAGACACCAUUGAGGCCCUCGGUGACAAGGUCUCUGCCAGGAAGCUUGCCAUCAAGUGCAACGUCCCCGUUGUUCCCGGAACAGAGAACCCCGUGGAGCGCUACGAAGACGCCAAGGCCUUCACCGACGAGUAUGGCUUUCCCAUCAUCAUCAAGGCGGCCUUUGGCGGUGGUGGUCGCGGUAUGCGAGUCGUCCGCGAGCAGAGCGCAUUGAAGGAUGCCUUCGAGCGCGCAACCUCAGAGGCCAAGUCCGCCUUCGGCAACGGCACCGUCUUCAUUGAGCGCUUCCUCGACAGACCCAAGCACAUUGAGGUCCAGCUUCUCGGUGACAACCACGGAAACGUCGUGCACCUGUACGAGCGUGACUGCUCCGUUCAGCGCCGCCACCAGAAGGUCGUCGAACUCGCCCCGGCCAAGGACCUCCCCAUCGACGUCCGCGACGCCAUCCUAACCGAUGCCGUCAGGCUCGCCAAGUCGGUAAACUACCGCAAUGCAGGAACUGCGGAGUUCUUGGUCGACCAACAGAACCGCUACUACUUUAUCGAGAUUAACCCCAGAAUCCAAGUCGAGCAUACCAUCACGGAAGAGAUUACGGGUAUCGAUAUCGUUGCGGCUCAGAUCCAGAUUGCCGCUGGAGCUUCGCUCGAGCAGCUGGGUCUCACACAGGAUCACAUCUCCACCCGGGGCUUUGCCUUCCAGUGCCGCAUCACUACCGAGGACCCUGCCAAUGGCUUCUCUCCCGACACUGGAAAGAUUGAAGUGUAUCGGAGUGCAGGGGGGAACGGUGUGCGAUUGGAUGGUGGCAAUGGCUUCGCUGGAGCGAUCAUCACCCCUCAUUACGAUUCUUUACUGGUAAAAUGCUCAUGCCAUGGAUCGACUUUUGAAAUUGUUCGGAGGAAGAUGUUGCGAGCGCUGGUCGAAUUCCGUAUCCGUGGUGUGAAGACCAACAUCCCUUUCCUGCUCAAACUUCUCACGCACCCCACCUUCAUUGAGGGCAACUGCUGGACAACGUUCAUUGAUGAUACCCCCGAGCUGUUCGACCUCAUCGGCUCCCAGAACCGUGCGCAGAAAUUGCUCGCAUAUCUUGGUGACCUCGCAGUCAACGGCUCUCAAAUCAAGGGCCAGGUCGGCGAACCCAAGUUCAAGGGUCCGAUCCAGAUCCCCACCAUCGUUGGUUCCGAUGGCCAAGUCAUUGAUACUUCCAAACCGUGCACCAAGGGCUGGAGGAACAUCCUGCUCAAGGAGGGCCCAGAGGCUUUUGCGAAGGCUGUUCGUGCCAACAAGGGAUGUCUUAUCAUGGAUACCACAUGGCGUGAUGCCCAUCAGUCUUUGCUUGCAACUCGCGUCAGGACAGUCGAUUUGCUCAACAUUGCCAAGGAAACCAGCCACGCUUUCUCCAACGCAUGGGCUCUGGAGUGCUGGGGUGGCGCCACCUUUGACGUCGCCAUGCGCUUCCUUUACGAAGAUCCUUGGGACAGGCUCCGGAAGAUGAGGAAGCUCGUACCCAACAUUCCCUUCCAGAUGCUUCUUCGUGGCGCCAACGGAGUUGCUUACAGCUCCCUUCCUGAUAACGCCAUCUACCACUUCUGCGAGCAGGCAAAGAAGAAUGGUGUCGAUAUCUUCCGUGUCUUCGAUGCGCUGAACGAUGUUGAUCAGCUUGAGGUUGGUAUCAAGGCCGUGCUCAAGGCUGGAGGUGUUGCUGAAGGCACUGUGUGCUACUCUGGUGACAUGUUGAAUCCCAAGAAGAAGUACAAUCUUGAGUACUACCUUAGCGUAGUCGACAAGAUCGUUGGCAUGGGUGCUCACAUUCUCGGCAUCAAGGAUAUGGCCGGUGUGCUGAAACCUAGGGCUGCUACUCUCCUUGUCGGUGCUAUCCGCAAGAAGUACCCCGACCUCCCGAUCCACGUCCAUACCCACGACUCCGCCGGUACCGGUGUUGCCUCCAUGGUUGCCUGUGCUCAGGCUGGCGCUGAUGCCGUUGAUGCCGCCAUUGAUAGCAUGUCGGGCAUGACUUCUCAGCCCAGCGUUGGUGCUAUCCUGGCUUCCCUCGAGGGCUCCGAGUUCGACACCGGUCUCGAUGCCCACGCCAUCCGCAAUCUCGACGCCUACUGGGCUCAGCUCCGCCUCCUGUAUUCGCCAUUCGAGGCCGGUCUCACUGGUCCGGAUCCGGAGGUUUACGAGCACGAGAUUCCCGGUGGCCAACUCACCAACCUGAUCUUCCAGGCCUCUCAGCAGGGUCUCGGAGAGCAGUGGGCUCAGACCAAGAAGGCUUAUGAACUCGCCAACGAUCUGCUCGGCGACAUCGUCAAGGUCACACCCACCUCCAAGGUUGUCGGCGACCUGGCGCAGUUCAUGGUUUCCAACAACCUGUCCUACCAGGACGUUCUCGACAAGGCUGAGCAGCUCGACUUCCCAUCCUCUGUCUUGGAGUUCUUCGAGGGACUCAUGGGCCAGCCGUACGGUGGGUUCCCUGAACCGCUCCGUACCCAGGCUCUCCGUGGUCGCAGGAAGAUGGACAAGCGACCCGGUCUGUACCUGGAGCCCAUUGACCUUGCCAAGAUCAAGAAGGACCUCAAGCAGAAGUGGGGCGACGCCACUGAAUGCGAUGUCGCUUCCUACGUCAUGUACCCCAAGGUCUUCGAAGACUACAAGAAGUGGACCCAGAAGUAUGGCGACUUGUCCGUCCUUCCCACGCGCUUCUUCCUCUCUCGUCCGGAAAUUGGCGAGGAGUUCCAUGUCGAACUUGAGCCGGGCAAGGUGCUCAUUCUCAAGCUGCUCGCCAUCGGUCCGCUGUCGGAGCAGACGGGCACGAGGGAGGUGUUCUACGAGAUGAACGGCGAGACGCGUACCGUCACAGUCGAGGACCAGCACGCUGCUGUCGAGAAUGUCAGGCGCACCAAGGCUGACCCGACGGAUAGCAGCCAGGUUGGCUCGCCCAUGUCUGGUGUGGUUGUGGAGGUUCGUGUGCACGAGGGGAGCGACGUCUUGAAGGGAGAUCCCAUUGCUGUGCUGAGCGCUAUGAAGAUGGAGAUGGUUAUUUCGGCGCCUCACUCCGGCAAGAUUGGCAGCCUGUCUGUCCGCGAGGGCGACUCGGUCGACUCACAAGACCUUGUCUGCAAAAUCGUCAAGUAAGAUAAACAAUUGCGAGUGCUUGGUUGCUUUUCUUUCACAAGGAGUUGGCCUGUGUCGAAUAUCCUUGAUCUGCUUUGAUUUGGACUAUGUUUUCGGGAGCUUUACUUACCUUAUGAUGAAACAGUGAGUAGAUUUUCAAUAUGAGCGACUUCUUCAACUUAAACCACCUUGGCUAUAAUCGGCAAUCAGCAGUCCGAAUGAUCCCUUUGUCGGCAUCCGAUUCACAGAUCACGAUUACUCCGUGACCGGGUGCAUGGGUGGUUUUGGUAGACUAGGUGGUGGAAGGGUGAUGGAAGCGUGGGCGUUUAGCUCUAGGCCACCAAAGCGAAAUCUUUCCGCUAUCA